ACAGAGAGUUAGCUGCCCUUACAUGUAAACAAAGUAUUCGACGCUCAACAAGUCAGAUUAUCGAAACUUAAAAUUAUUUGUGUCUGAGUAUGAAGUUGUUGGAAAGCUGAUAUAUUUUUUUUUUCAUUUCAUUUAAAGUUUAGCAAAAGUAGGUGAUUAAUUUAAUUUUAUUUUGUUUUUAUUUUUACUAUUAAUUCAAUGUCAUAUGAAAUUUAGAAACAAUCAAAAUGGAUAUAGAAGUAAAAUAUUUGAUGGAUUAUGUAGCGAAUUGUAACGACGUAGAAGAAUGUCAAAAAUACAUUCGGAAAGCCUUUGAUAUGAUUUUGCAAAUGGAUCACUUACAGUUUACAACAGAUCUUCCACAUGCAACACCAACCGACAUUUUAAUACAAUGCUCCGAUUUGGCUAUUAGGUGUGCUGCUUAUGAUAUUGCAGAGGAAUGCCUCAAUCUCUUUUUUACGAGAGCAGUUGCAACUGACACUAAUAGAUGUGUGGCAUAUUUAUAUAUGGCGCAGUUAUCGGCACCUACGAAUAUUUUUGAUACUACACAUUUAGAAAAAGCGGGGCAACAUAUCACGAGAGCAAUCAACUUAGCCGUUAAGAACCCCGCUUUGCACAGUGAAAUCUAUAACGCUUCAAUACUUUAUUGGAGGUUAUGCCAUCCAUUUUUGCGUCCCGGUUUCUAUAAUUACGUCGUAAACACUUUAUAUGUUAUUGUCAAAGCUCUUAAUGAUCUGCCCGACAUUAACUAUAACUGGAAAGCAAUAUUGUCCGUAACGCUUAUUGAAAUGUAUUUAAAAACUGGCAAGAAAUCUGAAGCUAUUGAAAUUGCUAAAACAGCAAUUGGUUUUGUUAAAAAAUAUGCUAUAACUUUCUUUAAAAAACUAUUUGAACUUAUUGUUCGUUAUCAACUGGUUGAUUCCGUUAUGAGCCAAGGACAAAUUAAAAAUUCGCCUGAGCUGCAUGCUUUUUACUCUAUAAUGAAGUUGAAUUACACUUCUGAAACUAAAGAAAUCGGCAGAGAAAUAUAUAAAGUAAUGGUGCAGCUUAACAUAGCAACUCUAAGUACUGAUAACUUUGGGUAUGUUGAAGAGUCAGUUCACGCUAAUGCGUCUCCUCGUGAAGGCAAGAAAAAGUCUCCUAGGGAACUGACGGUACAUAGACCUCGACCUCUUUCAGAAGACAAUUUAGAACGACAAUACUUAUUACUUGAGUUGACACGUCUGUGUCUAAAGCAUAAUUUAGUACCAUUUGCACAAAAGUGUAUUCAAGCAGCUAUGAAAUCUUCCAAUUAUAAGAAAGAGUUUUACACUCAGUUUAAGUUUGCAGAAAGUGAAAUAAUGGUAAAAUUACUUGGUGCCCACCAAGAAUCCUAUAGCAGGAAAUCAGUUAAAAUUCGAUUAAAAGCAAUAAAACUUUGUGAAGAAAACAUUAUCAUAGCUAAGCAACAGCAUGAUGCUCAUUCUGUUCAGUGUGGAUGUGUCACUCUGUGGAAUCUUUCUCUUCCAUUAUUGCAGUCAAAUUUACGUUCUCAUUUAUGUAAACCAUUAACAUUGGUUGCACAGGCACUUGAAGACAUUCAGAGUCUAUUUAUUCAACUUCGGUGCCAGGUUCAUCGGGAAUUAGCUUUGUGUGAGGAAAAGGAGCAUAUAAAAAUUGCCAUAAGCCACUUAAAAAAAGCUAUUGCUUUGGAUGGUUCAAAAGUGUAUCACAAUCAACUGAGUUUGAAAUUGAACCGCUUGACAUUACUAUCAGAGAUGUAUUUCAACCCUGACAAUCCAGAGGAUAUUGCUGGAAAGAUCAUUGAACAGGCUCGAGAGGUAAAAUCACUUGGAACAAAGGAAGGUAUGAGGGCCCUUCUUAUAAAAGCAGGAAUCACAUUGUCACCAGAUGCAUUCCAAACAGUUCUUGAUAGUGAAAGUUUGUUUUAUGAAAAGGUCAAGCUUUCGCCAAAUACGACAGAUCAGCUUGUUGAACGUGUUCAAAGGUAUGAUGCUAAUAUUAAAAAAAUUGAUGGUCAUUUACUUAGAAUUGGAGACAGAUGUGAUUAUAUUCGGAUGCAUCUUUGGGCAGAUUUAUCAAAGGUUGCUCGGAAGCAUGGAGCUUGGGAUGUAUGCCGUACAGCAGCUAUGUUUUGUCUUCUUUAUGAUGACAAUAGAUGGCUAUCAGCAUACAAAGAUGUUAGUGUUACUGCUACAGAAUGCAGUUCUGUUGACAGUGCAUUGAAAUCCGAUGAGAAUAUUGACGAAAUUUUAUAUUCCAAAAAGAAAAAAGGUACGGGUGAUAAAUUGUCCCUCAGUGACCGGGAACAUGUUCGUGUUUUAGCAGAGAUCAACUUUAUUCAAGGAGAAGCUUGUUUAAACUUGCUUUACCAAGAAAAUGUAAAACUAAAUGAUUUGCCAGUUUAUCCUCAAGAUUAUAGCAAACAUGGUAAAAAUUACGAAGCAGCCGAUCCAGCUGAAGACAAAGACUGGCAAAUAUACUGCCAGUGGAUUCAGCAAAUGAAUUCCAAAAUUAGUUCUAGUUUUCUUCGAGGUCUUAUUCUUGGAUACAACCUGAAUGACAGCCACAUUGUUGGUAAUGCUGCUACUUAUCUUUGGAAUUACAACCUCCAUAUUAUUGAGCAAAAUCGUCAAUCUGAAAUUGUUGGUUGUUUUUCAACUAUUUUGGAAGGUAUGCAAAAAGUUGAUUAUAGUGAAUUUAUUAUCUUACUUAUAAAUAUCUGUAUAAAUUUGGCUACAGGACUUAUGAUGCCAUGGAUGCCUUCAAUUCCAGAUAUAAAUAAUGAAUCACCAACUCGACUUUAUGCAUCUCCAGAAAAAUCUGUGUCAAAAAAUCAAUCAAAACCUCCACUGGUGUUAAUUCCACCUCAAGCUUUACCUGAUCUAAAAAGAGCCAUAGAGGUUUGUGAAUAUGCUAUUGAUAUUACCAAUAAAAAAAAGCAAAUUUCUUCCAUACCUUUACCUAUGAAAGCUUCAUUGUUAAAAACUUGGGUCAUAGCUAAGCAAAUGUCACAACAGCAGAUUAAUAGGAAUUCAAUUAAAGAUGAUGAUCCUGAGAAACAAUUAUCACAAAUUAUUGUCGAUAUAGAAAUGUAUACACAUACAAAAAAUGGGGUUCUGGAAUUCAAAGACCUAUUGCCAUUGCCAAACUUAGUGGCCACAGUACUGAAACAUCUCUGGAGAGAUAAUUUGCUUAAACUACAGCUUUGUACUCAAUUAGCUGAAAUUCUCUAUAAUUAUAAAAAUUAUGAGCUUGUGAUAAAAGUUGCAAAAGCAGUAACAGAUUCAUAUUUGACUGAAAUAUCUGUUGCUUGUGCAAAAGAGAAGACUGGAAGUGGCAUAAAUAAUGGUUACAUGGAAGAAAAAGUUAGUUAUUUGUUUCUUUUGAUGGGUCAAAGUAUGACCGAAAAUAUGGAAGGGCAAACUGAUCGGUGGGAAACUAUAAAUAAUUUUAUAAAAGCUGCAGAGUUUUCCAUUCCAUCACAUAAUUAUCAGAUUUUGAUGAAAGCUGCCAGAAAUUAUUGGAAUACAAUUCUACCUUUGAUAAAUAUUAGCUCCGAAAGAAAAUCUCUGAAAGCGUCUCUUCAAGAAAUUCUUUCCUAUAUAUCCAAAGUCACAAACAAAAUCACAGAGUUAAACAGUAUUGAAAAAACCAAUUCCUAUGUGCCUGAUGUUAAUCGAAUCACAUUGUAUGGCUACAUUGGGAGAAAUUGGGAGAAUGACCCUGUUCUGAUUAAUGCUGAUGAUGAUGACCAGAAGCUCCAGGUCUCUUUAUAUAUUGUCUUAUGUGAAAGCUACGAAGACAGCAAUGACUGGAAAACGGUUAUUAAAAUCCUCAACACUGCUAUAGCUGACCUGCCACACAGUUUUCAUAAAAUUCAGUUAUUCAGACGAAGAAUUAUGGUCAAAGCAAAACUAGGGGAAAACAUGUUAAUGGAUCUCCAAAGAUUUCGAGAUGAGAAAGAAGAUUUUGUUGCAGUGAUGUGGCGAGACAUAGCUUUACACAGCAAUAAAUUAUCAGAACAGUGUAUUGCAUAUCAAAAAGCAAUUGAAAGUCUCUCAAGUGAAGAAUACAAUUGGCAGAAAUUUCAUUAUCUGCUUGAAUUCAGUGAGUGGCUUUAUACAUACCAAAUGCCUGAACAAAUUGUUGUGGAUCAAAUAGAAUGGGCUAUAGAUAUUCUUAUGUGCAUGACUCCUGAAAUAGACGGAGAAAAACCAGGAGAUAAAACACCAAGGGUUAGUGCUUUACAAUUAGACACUAUUCCUCAAGACACUAUUCUUCAAGACACUGAAAAUCUUCCUAAUUCCAACAUUAAUGAAAAUGUUGUGCAGAUGGACUUUCAGUUUUAUGUUCCUCAGGAGAAAGAAAUCAUUAUUGGAGUUCCACUUCAAGACUGUACUGCAGUUACAGGAAGAAUGAACAAUGUGAAACAACUGAAUUAUUUGAUCAAAAGCUAUGUCCUUUUAUGCGCAAUUUACACUCCUGCAUCUCCUUUUUAUGAAAAAUAUUCUCUCUUGGCUUACUCAUUUACAAUAAGGCUGUGGCAAGUGUGCAUGGCUGCUGCAUUAAGCUUUUACUUCGAAAUCCCGAAGAACAAUACACUUACCAAUAAAGACUCUGGAGUCUCAAACAAAUCUGAUUUUCAAUCAAAACAAAAGGGAAAAGACAAGAAAGAGAAAAACGAAAACUGUAUAUCUCCAACAAAAGAAAAGAAUAAAAAGAAAUUCUUAAGCACCAAUGUUUCUACUCUAACUCCAGAAGAAUGGGCUGUGUUUGAAGUACCAUGUGAUUUAGAAGAAAUUUUUACCCAUCAAAGUUUAGAGACUACAGGAAUUAAUGAAAAAUCCUUCCCUGAUCCAAUGAUAAGCUUGUAUUACUUUGAUAAAUUGGUAACUAAUCUUCAAAAUAUUGGGUUUCACCACUUAACUUUACCGGUGUUAGCUUUGAACCAUACCAUAGCCUCAUUUGUAGCACAUUCUAAAUCCUUCGUUCUUUAUACUCAUUGUAAAAGAAUGGAAAUAUGUGCCGAACUCAAUUUGCCACAGUGUUCUUCCUUCCAUGAAAACGUCAUCAAUCAGGUGUCUGGUAUUGCUCCUAAUGAGUUGAUUGAAAUAAGAGAGAAAUUUUAUGAAUACGUUCAAGAAAGGAAUAACUAUUGCAUUAAACCAAACAUUUCAUCGGAAGCAGAAAAAGAAAAACUACUUCAUAAAUGCCAUUUAGGGCAUUAUUUUCAAGACACUUUUGUCUACCAAAUUUGGACAAAGACUGCUGAAGCAUUGAUCGAGCAAACACAUUACCAGCUUGCCAGGAAAUACUUAAUUGAGGCAUAUAAGUUUGCUGUAGGUUUCAAAGAUAUAUUCUACCAAGGAAAAUUAUGCUUUUUAAAAGCUAAACUUGCUUUUGUUGAGGCUCAAUACAAAGAUGCAUUUGAUUUAUGUAUGAAAGCUGAAGAAAUUAUGGUUGGUGAUAUGGAAUAUUGGUAUGAAAUAGUAAUGUUGAAAACUGAUGCUGCUCUUCAAACUUUUCCUAAAAAUGGAUAUGAAUUUGUUGAAGAGUUUCUACAAAGAAUCAUUAAAGAAUUUGAAAAGUUAUCUUUGACCAGACCAAACCAAGCUCUCAGUUAUCAUUAUACAAUUGCUUUAAUUCAAGCAAAACUUGGUGAAGUUCAAAUUAAAUACUAUAUGAGCCGAUAUAAUGACCUUCCUUCGGCUUCUCUACAAGAAGUGUUUCAGUCACCACUGAAUUAUUUUGACAUUUCAACUGAAUUUCUUCUCAAGCAUAAGUUUACAAAAGCUGCUGUCAAAGUCAUGCACAACCAUGCCAAAUUACUACAUGAAAUUGCUCUGUCAACCACAAACAACACAAACAGUAUGCAGUCAUAUUAUCUACAUUCUGUAAAGGUCUUUAAUCAAGCCAUAGAACAUGCUCGAGCUAUAUUUAAUGAUAUAAUGAUGAUACUUCCUAAAGAUUUUAAUUUAAGCUUACCUAUUCAUCGAGAAUUGUCUAAUUUGCAGAGAAGUUGUGCUGAAGUUAUGGUUGAAAUUCAAACAAUCCAAACCAAUCAUGAAAUUGAAAAAAUACAGAAGCAUCAAUAUGAUAUUGAAAGGAUAAAACUAGAAGAGGAGUUUAUCAACAAAUCUCCCGAGUAUUUGGAAACUGAGAAAGAAUGGACAACAAGCAAGCAGUGGAUUGCUAAUGAAAUUCUGUCCCAAGCAACUUCAGCACAUAGUCUUGCUAGAACAAUACUGUGGAUUAAAUCUAGAAGUUUGCUUAUCAUUGGCAAAUGUUUGCUCAAUUUGUCAUUCUUAAAACAAGCAAAUCCCUCUCUGUUAUGGUCACUGUUUGAUAUAGUGCCAGAUAAAGAGACACCAGAUACUGAAAAUACAGAAUCUGAUGAAAGCAAAGAAGGAAAAAAUCCAUUUUUUAAUCACUUAAAUCAAAUUCCAAAUUUAUCCAAGAAAAUUAAAGAAAUUAAAUGGAAGGAGGACAUUUCCUUUUGUUAUUUUGCUCAAGCAGCUGAAUGCUUAGCUCAAGCUUUAAAUACUGCUUUUCAACUUAAACAAACAAAUAUAAUUAUGCAGGCUUCAUAUGAACUUUUGAAGUCUAUUGGCCAAUUUGAUGUUAUUGCUGCAUCUCAUUUCCUUGCUUUGUAUCAAAGUUGUCAGGCAUCUUGUCAUUUAAAGAAAUUACUCGGGAUCAGCCAACCAAACCCUUACAGUUGUCGUUUGGCAGCACUUCUGCAUCAAAGAAGACACAUGUUAAAUAAUUAUGCUGAGAAAAACUUCAUCUGCACUGAUACGUAUUCUUCUGUAACAAAUUCAUUGGAGACAGAAUGGCAGGCUUGGAAAAGUACAAUGAUUUUAACAAAUCAUUUUGAUAUAGCAAAGGAAUUCCCUUCCAACUUCAACUUUAUAGUUCUACAGCAUUCACCUGACAAAAAUUUUAUAUUUUAUAGUCUCCUAGAGAAGUACAAAUCAAUUAAAAGUGCAGCGGCCCCUAAACAACCAACGGUAAGUACAACGCAAAGUUUAUUAAAACGAUCUUCUCUGGCAAAAUUCAGAGUUAAUCCCGAUAAACUACACCAGCUUCUAAACAUGUUAAAGCUUUAUAAAAAAGAUGUCAGGCGAGCAUUGCUCAAAAAAGAAUUCCAAAUAAAAAAUCAGUCUGACUAUAAAAACAUGCUUGAUACUUUAAAGUUUGAACCUUGUGAUUCAGCUAUAUCAGAAAGUUUUGUGAUUGAGAAUGAUGAAGAGUGGAUGCAGGAAAAAUUUGAAGAAAUUGUUGCCUUAAUGGAAGAUUAUUUUGCUGCUGUACUUCAGCCACUGCGAACAGCUUUGCAACACACUUUUGCACCAACAUAUUCAAGCACCGCUUUUAAAGAAAGUUCGGAGAAUGGUUGUAUUAUUAUUUUAGCUGAUUCAGACUUACUUGAACUUCCUCUGGAAUCUUUGAGUGUAUUUCGUGAAUUUGAAAAUAUAAUAUCAGUGUCACGAGACAUUUCUUUGCAAUUAUUUUAUCAUAGAUUCCACCAAGAGGAAGUCGUUGAGGAAACUAAAGACAAAAAGAAGAAAGACAAAAAACAACAGCAACAGCCUCCACCACUACCAACCCGUAUACCAGUAAAUAAAGAAACUGGCAAGAAACGGAAGAGAGAGCUUGUCGAUCAUGUAAUGCCACCAUGGGGUCAAUCUAUCAUUACAGAUUCAUUCAAAUACAUGGUAGAUGUCAAUUAUGAAUUUAAUGAACCUGAAGAAUAUGAUCUCUGUAAGAUUUUUAAAUCUCUCUUAGCUGAAUAUGAACAAUCUUAUACAUCCCAAUGGAUUGGACUUAGUGGAGAUAUUCGAAAUGCAAGCAGUGGAGAAUGGGAAACAUAUCUAAAUGAAAGUGGAUCUUUCAUUUUCCUUGCUCCUUACAAAAUAACAUCUUAUUUAAAUCCAGUAAAAAUUCCUGCUUUUAACAUUUCAAAAUGCCUGUUGGUCUGUCAGUUUGAUUUAAGUGAAAAUUAUUCAAGCUUUAGGCGUCUUUCUCUUCAUGAUGCUUCAAAAUCAGACGAUGUUUUAUCUUUGGAAAAUCCAGUUUCAGUCGCAUUACUGCUUAGUCUAGCAGGAGUACAUUGCAUCAUGGGUAAUCAAUGGUCAUGCCAACUCAACCAGAACAUAAAGCAUAUGAAGACAGCCAUGAAAUGUUUGCUGUCUGAUGGGUAUUCUACAGGGGAAACACUUCGACAUAUUCAGGUACCAUUUUUGAAGAUGGAGGAAAAACGUAGCACAGAAAACUAUGUUAACAAAGAUAAAAUAUCUGGUAAAAAAAAUACUGUAGCUGACAAGAAAAAAGAUGCGAAAUUAGCUGCAACAGCUAGUUCUACAUCUGUCAGUCCUAUAAAGUCCCUAUCACAACUUGAUGACAAAGAAGUAAGACCUAACUGGUUUAACAUGGUGUGCUAUGGACUACCAAAUUUAUUUGUGACACAGACUUAAAAAA